UAACUGUUUGAACAAAUCUACUUCAAUUUCAUUGAAUUUCGAUAUCAGGAUUGCAAGAACCUGGCCAUGGCUUAUUCUGCUGUACCAAGCUGUUUCCAUGGCUAUCUCCACAGUUGUUCAUUUUCCUCCACCCAAUCUUUCCCGCGUUCUCUCGCGUGCGGCUUUUCUGCUUCUCCCACUUCGAGACUAAGAACGUGUGUCAAAUUCGAGAAGUUUCAGGGUGAGUCUCCUCUUGAACAGACCACAUCCGCUUCUACUUCCUCUGCUUCACAGGAACUCCCAGUAGAAGCUCAAGACCAACCAGAAGAAGAAGAAGAAGACAGCUGUUUGCCUAAUGAUUUGGUGGGAGCUGUGAGGCAGUCAGGUGAAGCAAGUGCCUCGUUUGUGAAUUCGGGAGGAACAAGAGCUAUCGUGGAGCUCUUAAUUCCUCAGCUGCAGUUCUUAGACGAUGAAGGUGCGCAAGCUGAACUUUGGGAGCUUUCGCGGGUUUUCUUGGAGACACUCAUUAAAGAAACAGGUUGUGAGAGAGUUAAAGCCGUAUUUCCAGAUGCUGGAGCUGCUGCUUUGCUAAAAUAUAAGUGGAAGGAUGCAGCUUUUGGGUUUGCUAGCUUAAGUGACCGGAAGCCAGUGGAGAAAGAAGAUGAGAUCAUUGUCAUGAUUGUUCCUGAUUACCAAAUGCUGGAAUACGUGGAGAAAAUCGCAAAAGGGCUUGCUGAUGACCCGCCAAGGCCUCUCGUUAUGUGGAACCCUCGUCUUAUAAGCGAGGAAGUUGGUGUUGGAUUUAACGUGAGAAAACUAAGGCGUUACUUCCUAAGUUCUUUUACUACGGUUUACUCCAUGAGACCUCUCGCUGCUGGUGCUGUUUUCAGGUGUUAUCCUGGUAAAUGGAAAGUCUUCUACGACAAUAAAGACAGACCUGGCCGGUAUCUACUCGCCAAAGAACUCAUUGGUCGACCUGAUGCGGAGGAUCUUGAGAUAAUAUAUGGGAACGUAGAAGAGAAAUCAGAUGAAGAGCCAUCUUUAUUGAGUCAAGCUGCUGGAAUAUUCUCAUCCAUUAACAGGUUCAUGAAAGCAAUGUGAAGAUGAUUUUCUCCGCAGUGUAGUUAUUUAUUGCUUACAUUUCUGCUAGUAUAUAUUAUGUAAGCAAAGAGUAUACUGUCUGUACAUCUUUUUAUGCUAUUACAUCAAUGAUGAAUAUAAUUACAUACAUACUCGUAAAGAGUUGUGUUUCUUCUUUGGCCCAGUGAUUCAUUAAAACCACCAACUA